AUAUCAUUGACUCUUCCCAUUUACCAGUCCGAGCUCUGAACCAGUUUCGCUUCUAGAAAUAAUAAGGGCACGGCACGCAGCCCUAGGUCUCCAUUGCUCUCCACACGCCCCUCUCUCUCUCUCUCUCUCUCUCUCUCUUAAAUCAUCAAAUCGUGUAUACAGAAACUGUUAGCUUUCUUCCUCAUCUCUGCAAUCAUCUUUCUUUGUCUCUCUCACCUUCAUCUUAUCUGCAAAUUUGAGCUUUUUUAUGUGAAAUUCGUCAUGUAUAUAACGGCUUCAACCUCAGCCUCUUCGCUCCUCAGAGCGUCUAGGGCUAGACUUUCCUCUUCUCUCUCUUCCUCCAUUACUAGAGCCUCGGCUCUCGCUUCUCCGCCUCCUAAGGUCUCUCCUUCGUCUUUCGCUAAUACUACUCAGCACCGAUCUCUUAGCUUCUCUGCUGCCGUUAGAUCCCUUCGGUGCUCGGUUCCUCGCUGGAGUCACGGUGUCGAUUGGCGGUCUCCGGUUAGUCUCCGGUCCCAGAUCAGAGCUGUUGCUCCUGUGAUCGAACGAUUUCAACGAAAGAUAGCUACUAUGGCUCCUGAAAAUCCUUUUAAGGGAAUCUUUACAUCUCUCCCAAAACCAGGCGGUGGUGAAUUUGGGAAGUUCUAUAGUCUUCCUGCAUUAAAUGAUCCAAGAAUUGAUAAGCUGCCCUAUUCAGUCAGAAUCCUUCUUGAAUCUGCAAUUCGUAACUGUGACAACUUCCAAGUCACCAAAGAAGAUGUUGAAAAAAUCAUUGAUUGGGAAAAUUCAUCACCAAAACAAGUUGAAAUUCCCUUCAAGCCUGCCCGUGUUCUCUUGCAGGAUUUUACUGGAGUACCAGCUGUUGUGGACCUUGCUUCUAUGCGUGAUGCCAUGAGCAACCUUGGUGGUGAUUCCAACAAGAUCAAUCCUCUGGUUCCUGUAGAUUUGGUUAUUGAUCAUUCGGUUCAAGUUGAUGUGGCACGAUCAGAAAAUGCGGUGCAGGCGAAUAUGGAGCUUGAAUUUCAGAGGAACAAGGAGAGAUUUGCUUUUCUUAAAUGGGGAUCAAAUGCUUUCCAUAAUAUGCUUGUAGUUCCUCCUGGUUCUGGUAUUGUGCAUCAGGUGAAUCUUGAAUACCUUGGACGGGUUGUUUUCAACACUGAUGGCACACUCUACCCUGAUAGUGUGGUUGGAACUGAUUCUCAUACAACCAUGAUUGAUGGAUUAGGAGUUGCUGGCUGGGGGGUUGGAGGUAUUGAAGCUGAAGCUGCAAUGCUUGGCCAGCCCAUGAGCAUGGUGUUGCCUGGUGUUGUUGGGUUCAAGUUAUCUGGAAAAUUACGCAAUGGUGUUACAGCUACUGACUUGGUUUUGACUGUGACUCAAAUGCUGAGGAAGCAUGGUGUUGUUGGCAAAUUUGUUGAGUUUUAUGGGGAUGGUAUGGGUGAGCUAUCAUUGGCAGAUAGGGCCACUAUAGCUAACAUGUCUCCCGAGUAUGGUGCAACCAUGGGAUUCUUCCCUGUGGAUCAUGUUACUUUACAAUAUCUAAAACUGACUGGAAGGAGUGACGAAACUGUGGCAAUGAUAGAAGCAUACCUUCGUGCAAAUAAAAUGUUUGUUGACUAUAAUGAGCCCCAACAAGAAAGAGUGUACUCAUCAUAUCUACAAUUGAACCUUGCUGAUGUAGAGCCAUGUAUUUCUGGACCAAAGAGACCUCAUGAUCGGGUCCCUUUGAGAGAAAUGAAGACUGACUGGCAUUCUUGUCUUGACAACCAAGUUGGAUUCAAGGGCUUUGCUGUACCAAAAGAAGCACAAGACAAAGUGGCAAAGUUCUCAUUCCAUGGACAACCAGCAGAGCUUAAGCAUGGUAGUGUGGUGAUUGCUGCAAUCACAAGCUGCACAAAUACAUCAAAUCCCAGCGUGAUGCUUGGGGCUGGUCUUGUUGCAAAAAAGGCUUGCGAACUUGGUUUACAGGUCAAACCAUGGAUAAAGACAAGUCUUGCCCCUGGUUCUGGAGUGGUUACAAAAUAUUUGCUCCAGAGUGGACUACAAAAAUAUUUGAAUCAACAGGGCUUCCACAUUGUCGGGUAUGGCUGCACAACAUGCAUAGGGAAUUCUGGUGAAUUGGAUGAGUCAGUUGCUUCUGCUAUUUCAGAGAACGACAUUAUAGCUGCUGCUGUGCUCUCCGGUAACAGGAAUUUUGAAGGUCGGGUUCAUGCAUUGACAAGGGCCAACUACCUUGCAUCACCUCCUUUGGUGGUUGCCUAUGCUCUUGCUGGCACGGUUGACAUUGAUUUUGACAAGGAGCCAAUUGGAACAGGAAAGGAUGGUAGGAAUAUCUAUUUCAAGGAUAUCUGGCCAACUACAGAAGAAAUUGCUGAGGUUGUGCAAUCUAGUGUGUUGCCUGAUAUGUUCAAAAGCACUUAUGAGGCUAUCACAAAGGGCAAUCCCAUGUGGAAUCAGCUAACUGUAUCAGCUAAAAUUUCAUACUCAUGGGACCCUAGCUCCACCUAUAUUCAUGAGCCUCCAUACUUCAAGAACAUAACCCUGAAUCCUCCUGGAGCACAUGGAGUGAAGGAUGCUUACUGCUUGCUGAAUUUUGGCGAUAGUAUCACAACAGAUCACAUUUCACCAGCAGGAAGUAUCCACAAGGACAGUCCUGCUGCCAAGUACCUCCUUGAGAGAGGGGUGGAUCGCAAGGACUUUAACUCCUAUGGAAGUCGACGUGGAAAUGAUGAAGUGAUGGCUAGGGGAACUUUUGCUAAUAUUCGCCUUGUUAACAAACUUUUGAAUGGGGAAGUAGGACCACAGACGGUACAUAUUCCUACAGGAGAGAAACUCUAUGUAUUUGAUGCAGCAACGAGGUACAAGACUGCUGGACAUGACACCAUUAUUUUGGCUGGAGCUGAGUAUGGAAGUGGAAGCUCCAGAGAUUGGGCUGCCAAGGGUCCAAUGUUAUUGGGAGUUAAAGCUGUGAUUGCUAAAAGUUUUGAGAGAAUUCAUCGCAGUAAUUUGGUGGGAAUGGGAAUUAUUCCACUUUGUUUCAAGGCUGGCCAGGAUGCAGACACACUAGGGUUGACUGGUCAUGAGCGGUAUACCGUUGACCUCCCAAACAAUAUCAGUGACAUAAAGCCUGGCCAAGAUGUGACUGUCACAACUGAUAAUGGAAAAUCUUUCACCUGCACAGCUCGCUUUGACACUGAGGUGGAAUUGGCAUAUUUCAACCAUGGAGGAAUUCUUCCGUAUGUUAUCCGCAACCUGAUGACGCAGUGAAUCAUUUGAUCAUUGGCAAGUAACAUUUCUCCAUGAAAUGAGAUUUUCAAUUGUAGAAUGUGAGAAUUUGAGAAUAAAGUUUUUCAAUAAUAGGAAGAAGAAAACCCUUUGAUGGGACUGCCAAUUUUUUUAGCAUUUUGAGAUGAACACUCAAAAGGAUUCGCAGUUUAAUUCCUUUUUCUGUUUUGAUGAUUACUGAAUCCCAUUGUGAAUCCAUAAUUAUGGAAGUUUUAUGUUUAUGGAAACUGGUGAAUUCCUGUAAAA